UCAUUCGCGAAUGACAUAACACUGUUGGCCAGGCACUGAGUAAGGACCGACAGACGCUGCUCUCUGAUACGUUGCAGAUAAACAAUAGUCAACUAUUGCUGCUAUAUUGAAAACUACAAGUAUGUCUACCUCCCGUAUAGUCAUAUGUUUACUAAGAAACGACUUGCGUCUCCACGACAACGAGCUUUUCCACUGGGCUCAAAGAAAUGCAGAGUACAUUGUCCCACUGUACUGCUUCGACCCUAGACAUUAUGUGGGAACGUACAACUACAACCUACCAAAGACUGGUCCUUUUCGUUUGCGCUUCUUACUGGAGAGUAUCAGGGACCUCAGAAACACAUUGCUCAACAAGGGCAGCAACCUUGUGGUGAGACGGGGUAAGCCAGAGGAGGUAGUUGCCGAACUUCUCAAGCAACUGGACUCUGUCAGCACUGUGGCUUUCCAUGAAGAGGUAACUUCGGAAGAACUUAAUGUCGAGAAACGAGUGAAGGAUGUCUGUGCACAGAUGAAGGUCAAAGUUCACACCUGCUGGGGGUCUACACUGUACCACAGAGAGGAUCUUCCAUUUCACCACAUAUCCAGGCUGCCUGAUGUUUACACUCAGUUCAGGAAAGCAGCGGAGACCCAGAGCAGGGUGAGGCCUCUGUUCCCAACCCCCGAGCAGUUAAAGCCUCUCCCCCAAGGGCUGGAGGAGGGAGCCAUUCCUACAGCAGAGGACCUGGAACAGACAGAGCCUGUAGCUGAUCCUCGCUCAGCCUUUCCCUGCAGUGGUGGUGAAAGUCAAGCUCUGGCCAGACUCAAACACUAUUUCUGGGACACUGAUGCAGUUGCAACUUACAAGGAAACUCGUAAUGGCUUGACUGGUGUGGAUUAUUCCACUAAAUUUGCACCUUGGCUGGCAAUGGGUUGCAUUUCACCCAGGUAUAUUUAUCAUCAGAUCCAACAGUAUGAGAGGGAGCGAACAGCCAAUCAGAGCACAUACUGGGUCAUAUUUGAACUUUUGUGGAGGGAUUACUUUAAGUUUGUAGGUGUCAAGUACGGAAACAGAUUGUUUCAAAUCAAAGGACUUCAGGACAAAUCUGUUCCAUGGAAAAAGGACAUGAAGCUUUUCAAUGCAUGGAAAGAGGGACAAACAGGAGUGCCCUUCGUGGAUGCCAACAUGAGGGAGUUGGCAAUGACGGGCUUUAUGUCCAACAGGGGGCGGCAAAAUGUUGCUAGCUUCCUCAUAAAAGACCUGGGCCUCGAUUGGAGGAUGGGAGCUGAGUGGUUUGAAUACCUUCUGAUUGACCAUGAUGUCUGCAGCAACUAUGGCAACUGGCUAUACAGCGCUGGCAUAGGAAAUGACCCCAGAGAGAACAGGAAGUUCAACAUGAUCAAGCAAGGCCUCGACUACGACAACAAUGGUGACUAUGUGCGGCUGUGGGUGCCUGAGCUGCAGGGGAUCAGGGGAGCUGACGUGCACACGCCCUGGACCCUCAGCACUGCUUCGCUGUCACAUGCUCAUGUGUCCCUUGGUGAGACCUACCCCGCCCCCAUCAUCACGGCGCCCGAAUGGAGCAGACACAUUAACAAGAAACCGAGUGGCACAGGGCCUUCACCAAGAGGAAAGAAAGGCCCAUCUCAGACCCCCAAACAACAUCGGGACAGAGGCAUAGAUUUCUAUUUCUCCAGAAGCAAAAACCUGUGAUUUUCCUUAAAAAAAACACCGAACGUGUGGAUGGAAGCUCCUAUGAUGCAAAUUUGACUGUUUUCUGUAAAAAUCAGUGUUGCGCCACUCUCGUAUUGAUUCAGGGAAGUUGUCUGAUUAGGAUUUGAGGCAAUAUUCGCGCUUUAAUACUUGAAGUUGACUGAUCUCAACAUCAGUUCUUGAGAGUAAUAGCCCUCAUUAAGCGCCUUUUAUUGACUUGUUUCCUCUUAUGCAGCAACAGUGAAAGUCACACUGGGGUUUUCAGUUUUGAUGCAGUGAAUAAGCUGUCUGCUGAUGUUUUUGUGCAAAUUGCUUUUAUUGCAGUCUCCUUCUGUCUGUUUGGAUAUACAGUUCAGAGGUUGCCUAUUUGUGGCUGUUACAAAAUAAAAAUGCCAAAUUGAAUUGUA